AUGGCAGAAAGAAUCAAAGGGACUAACUUCAAUACAGAUCUCUUUCGCAGUAUUAUCCCUUGUUCAUCAAACUCUCCACCCUGGACAGUACCACUACCAGAUUUCGACACAACCCUCAAGAUAUAUCAAAAAAUGCAAACCGACCAUAGAGAAAUAUAUAACAGAUACCAAGUCAUCAUCGAGUCUCAUCCGAACUUCAAACUGAUUUUUACAGAUGCCUCAAAGUCAUCACAUGGGGUUGGCUAUGCCGCAGUCUCUGAUAAUCAACGAAUAUCCUCUUCACUACCACAACAUUGCAGCGUCUACACUGGAGAGCUGACAGCCAUCAAGGAAGCGCUCAAUCUGGCACGAACAACAUCAGAUGCCAACUUCUUAGUAGUGACGGAUUCGCUGAGUGCACUGGAAGGUAUCAAACAGUUGUACCCUCGCAACUGCAUACUCAGGGGAAUUAAGGACAUGCUGCGUCUGCUGUACAACGACAAGAAGAGGAUAAAGUUUCUGUGGGUACCCUCACAUACUGGAAUCCCAGGCAACGAAGAGGCUGACAAAGAAGCAUCAAGAGCGGCACUCCCUUCAAGCAGAAGUGUGAUUCGUACACCCUACCAAGAUUUGAAAGGACUAAUAAAAGUGCACAUAACCAGUCUUUGGCAACAGAAAUGGAAUGGCAGUCACAGCAAACUACUCGCAAUUGCUCCAGAUGUCAACACGCGAUUCACCCUACCUUCAGGAAGAAGGAACCAGAUAAUUAUGUCACGUCUCCGGAUAGGCCACACACUAGUGACUCACAAGCACAUCUUCGAAGGAACCGAUGCCCCAGUUUGUUCAACGUGCAACCAGCGGCUCACGGUGGUUCACAUCCUGAUGGAGUGCCCUACUUAUCAAAAUGCCAGAAGUCUCAACCACCUUUCUAAUGACAUCAGUGAAGUUUAUUAUCGGAGUGUGGAAUGCAAACAGACUCAAGCGCACAAGCAAACACCUGAUCCACCACCAUAUAGGAAACCAGCGUGCGGGAACAAACCAACUGAUGGAAGCUCAUCAUAUACUAACAGUCUUAUUCAAUGUUCAAUCGACUUAACCGAUACCAGUGGUCUGGAGAGUGAAGUCGAGUGUCCUACUGACGAGGUACUGUUUGGAGCCUUGUACCGAAGAACCGGCUGUCCUGCCAUCACCGGCAGCAACAAAUAA